AUGGCUGAACGUGAAGAACGUGAGAGAGCUGAACGUGAAGAACGUGAAAGAGCUAAACGUGAAGAGCAGGAACUCCUGCGACAAGAACGCGAAAUUGCUGAACGUGAAGAACGGGAACGUAAGCGAUUAGAACGUGAAAGAGCUGAACAUGAGGAACAGGAACGCGAACAAUUGGAGCGCGAGGAACAGGAACGUGAACAAUUAGAACGAGAAAGAGCUGAACAGGAGGAGCGUGAACGUACAGAACAACUAAGACGAGAGCGAGAAGAACAAAAAAGAUUAGAUGAAGAAAAACAACGUGCAGAAAAAGAAAGAUUGAGACGACAAAGAGAGGAAGAGGAGGAGUUGCUUAGGCAAGAACGCUUGAAAUUAGAAGAGGAGGAGCUACUUCGCCAGCAAGAAUUGGCAAGUGCCGAGGCUACAGAAACCCAAACCCUUUCAGCACGUGUUAUUUAUCCCUAUGAUGCUGCCGAAGAUAAUGAAAUGUCGUUAAUAGAAGGCGAAAUAAUUGUAAACAUCAGCCAAAUAGAUGACGGUUGGUGGCAAGGUGAAAGUAAGGAUGGUUCUCGUUAUGGGUUAUUCCCUGCAAAUUAUGUGGAGUCUAUUGAGGGUGAAACUGAACUCACAACCGAAACGUCGGCCAAAGCCCUCUAUGAUUAUGAUGCCGGUGAGGAUAAUGAAAUUUCAUUUAAGGAGGAUGAUAUUCUCAAUGAUAUUAAAUUUGUAUCGGAGGAUUGGUGGCAAGGUACAUCACCAGAUGGUAUAAUUGGACUCUUCCCGG